AUGGACCAACAAAACACUUUUGGGGUGCUUCAAGUUGUUCAAACCAAUAGAUCCAUUGGACUUCAUUUUAAGGUCCCACCUGGAUGGAUGAAUUUGACACCAAUGAUAGCACUUGCAUUCUGGAUAUGCAUUUAUGAGUGUGUCUACAUUCCCCUAAUGAGAAGGAUUAGUAAAAAGACUCCAAGAUUGGACAUAAGACAAAGAAUUAGAAUUGGGAUUUUGUUUUCCAUCAUAUGCAUGUUGGUAGCAGCAUUAGUAGAAAAGAAGCGUCGUGACUUAGCUUUGAAACAUGGUUUGUAUAUUUCACCAUUAAGCUUUGCAUUCUUGCUACCUCAGUUUGCACUAUCGGGUCUUAAUGAGGCCUUUGUUGUUGUUGCUAUAAUGGAAUUCUUUACCUUGCAAAUGCCAGAGAGCAUGAGGACGGUUGCUGGAGCAAUCUUCUUUUUCAGUUUGUCUAUUUCAAACUAUUUAGGAUCCUUGAUUGUUAAUAUUGUCCACAAAAUAACAUCACACAAUGGAAGAACACCAUGGAUAGGGGGUCAUGAUUUAAACCAAAAUAGGCUUGACUAUGAACUAUGA